CGUAUUGCAAUGUUUGGCAGGAGCCUCUAAACCAAACAACAUCCUCAGGCAUCCAAGUUGGCUUGAAUGAUGCUGCUACAAUGGUGCACGCUCAGUCCUGCAGGCCCGUCCAAGCUCUCCGCUAUCAGAUUCUCGUCACCGAGCAGAGUGCACUCGAUCAAGAUAUUUCCCACAGACGCUCAACCCUUUGGUCAGUGUCCAGACAUCAUCGCCCGCACAGAACCAGAAGCGUUCUUUCUUGAUGUUUACUUCAAUGCCCACCCAGUUGGCUCAUCAGUGGACGCUAAGCAAAAGCUCAAGGCACCUAAUGCACUCAUGCCAACCGUCAUCCCAUACGCGGGCGGUAUAGUGGAGUACGCAGUGAACAUGGGCUCUGAGUUUGCGACUCGUUUAAUGAUUGUACGUGGAGACUUUGAAACAGUAUCAAUGGCAAUAUACGGCGAUGUUGUUUCAGAUACCCCAACCAAGUCAACUACUUACUCUCCCCUCUCCUUACCCAUCCAUUCCUCCGUUCCCCUCCAACCUAAUGAUGACUGGGAACUCCCUGAAUUUCCGCAUCUUUACUCCGACCUGAACGAGGAAGAAAUGGACAUCGACUUAGAUACUGCGUUCCGAUGUUUGAGUCGUCCUGUGGUGGAUGACGUUUCAUCAGAGCAAUUGCAUCGUUUUGCAAAGAAGGUCUCCGAGGCUGUUGGCCCCAGGGACGAUGCACAAUCGUAUCUCAUUGCAGGCAUUCUUUCCCGCUCUGCUUCGCAGACUCCUGAAUUUGCGCAGGCUUUGAUGCAAGCGCUCGAACUCGAGACGAUAUUUGACUCAUCAACCUUGGAUGAAGACGCUCUAUUCACACUUCUGGAUGCAUCCACGAAUCCUGAUGUAUCGCGGUUGUUGAAGGCGUCAUGGUUUCUUAAUGUCCUACAAGCUGUCCUUGCGCUGCCGACAGUGACCCCCGAGAUGAAGAAGGCUUGUCGACGGCUAAGUGAUCGGGUAGGAUCGUGGACAGUCUUCGAACAAGCGUUGUCCGGGGUCCCAGACGCAGAUUACACCAGGGCAGCGUUGUUUUUAAAGGACAUCGGGAAGGAGGAGAAGAGUUUUGGCAUAUGGCUAUCGUGUAUCACCACUCAUGAGGACCUUUUCGCGAGGAUCAGAGAUGCGCCGGCAUACGAGGGCGUAUAUCCGCUGGAUUUGAUGUCUGGCUUGAACCCCUCUGAGGAAAUAACGCAUUCGGAGUUCAUGGCAUUCGUUAGGGCAUAUGUUGGCGUUGCUUCAGUGCUAGCUGUGUACGCCUGGUCGGACAGCCUUCCAAAUUUGCAUUGUCGCGAGCGCACCCUGGGUGUUUUGCGCUUGUGGCAGGAAAUUCCUGGAUAUCGUGCGAUUAUCUCCCCCCUGCUACUCCUACCUCAAAUGACCUUCCGCCUGGAAUGCAUGACAAUCGGAAAUGACCCACCCACAACUGCAGGCAUCAAUGCCGAGUCCCUCCUUUUCGCGCUUGCAGCCAACCCGCAAAGUUUCCUCAAUCCUGAUUUUGUUCGCUGCGUGAAGGGCUGGGAACCAUGGAGUCUAACAUGGAUCAACGAGCGAGAACGAGCAGACAUAGAGCGCGCCGCUAAACUCGCGGAUGAGGGCCUUGGUGGAGCUGUAGAAGAACUCGUUGGGUUUGCUAAAGAAGGUCAUGACGCAAUUUUGGAUCAGGGCAGGAUACGGGCUCUCAGGGUUGCUGUAGCUGUCAUCAUGCACACACUGGAGGAUAAUAUCGAGAGCGGAACUAAGGGUGGCGACUGGGCGGUGUUGGAGGCUGUAUGGGGUGAACACACGCAUGGACUUUUGAAUUACACCAUCGACGUGUUUACUCGUAUCAGCGUGGAGGUGAAGCAAGGGUUCUCGUUGACGCCGUCUCCAUCGCCUACGAUUGGUCUCGAACCGCUCUUGCUCGUCGCGAAUGAAAGCCUCUACCUCAUUGCGAGCUUGCAUCCACUCUCCAUUACGACAACCCGUGCAGUGCGAAUGCUCGUGAGCGGUGUUUUGGACAUUUACAGCCGGACUGAUGUCGCAUCCCACGAAUCUGUCGCGAACACCGCAGUACGGGACGCUGCAUUCCUUGUCAAGCAUGCGUGUGCCAAUGUACUCUGUGCACUUUCAAGAAGCUCGCAGGAUCAACCUAAAUGCGGCUCAUCUGCAGUCCUCCGCACGCUCUUCGAACAGGGGCUCCAUUUUGAUAAUAUCGAUCCUGCGAAAAGAGUUUCGAGCGCCCUUGACCUUGUCCUUCGAGUUCUAGCAGGUGAUGGGGAUGGCUUACCCGCGGGCUGGAUACCCACUGUUAUUCCACAGAUUCUAACUCCCCUCACACUUUUCUUUCGUCAUCUUGAACCCAUGCACAAGGUCCAACUGGUCCAGCAACUUGUCAGCCUCGAUCGGGGUGUGUUAGGGCUGGGCGAGUUCCUCGUUCAAGAUGAGGUGAAGAGACUCGCCGGUCUUCUGAAGGUGAUGGCCGAGAGAGGGGCUGUCACGCAGUGGGAAGUGGGCGCGGGACUCGAGUUUGUGGCAGGGCUCGUGGAAGGUGAAGACGGUGACUGGUGUAUAUCCGCAUUACACCAAUCAGAGUGUGGAACCAUCAUGGCCGGCUUACUCGAAGCCGGCCUCUACUCAAAACAUCUUGGAAUGAUUGCCGGGCGGUUGGCUGGGAAUCCAGAGUCCCUAGGGAUUGAGCUUAGGCUUUCUGUCGUCACCGCACUCUUACGCGGGGUGCAAGUGCAAGAGCUGAGCGUAUGCAGGAUGAACGCCUUCGGCUUGAUCUCUGCUGUCCUCGAGACGACUGACGAGAAAGACAGGGAUCCCGAACGGCUGCUCUGGGAAGUAGGACACGCACUCGGCGCAGUAGUAGAAUCAAACGACAACCUCUCCUCUCUCGACUCCGAGAGCGUCGUCAACACGCUUCUACUCCUCGAUUCUCCCUCUCAAUCUGAUCUCCAUGGGCUCACCUGCGAGCAAUGGGUCAAGCUCUGCACUCAUUUGGAAACAUCGCUACCACCCAACAUGCUCCCCAUGCUCCCCAUCAUCAAAGGCUUCCAUCCUUCCCCAUCCUCACCACCAAUGAUCUCAUUCCUCCCAUCGACCCUCACGCUCCCCCUAUACGAUUUGAUUUCCCUCCUUCAACCACUAGCUCCCCUACCCAGCACCCCACCACCAAAGCGCAAAUCACCAAGCCAAGACGUCCUAGGUCUCGUCGCUAUCUCCCCACCAACCGCAGUGCUGCGCUCGCCGGCUGUUACAGGUCUCACAAAGACGUAUACACGGAAUGAUUUUCGUGAGUUGAGGCAGUUACCGAGUGCGAGGCAGAAUACGAGUAGGUUGCCCAGUAUGCAUGUCGAUGAUUUUCUCCAGGUCGAAAUGUCAUCUUCACCGCUCGCUCAGCCUGUAGUACCUUCGGGAGACAUGCUGAAUCUUUCCCCAUCGUUUAACAUGGGCAAGGAAAAUGGGUACAUUUAGAAUUAGGAAAUGUCGUCGUCGUAGUCGUCGGUGUUACCCUUUUUGUUGUGGAUUUGAGUCAGAUCAUAUUGCGUGGGUGUGGUACAUUGUCCUUGUCCUUGAUAUUUGUUCUUGGAAUGUCUACAGUACUAGAGUGCCAGCAUCGGGUGCAAUUGCGUCCACCCCGUCAUGCAGUUCAUUCCUAUUUACGGUUCUUUCCUCACCACUAUGGCG